UCCCUGAGAGUUGAGCGAUGGGGAGACGUUUGGCCUUGAUUCUGCUUCUGUUCCUCCUCCUCCUGCAGCAUUUUGGAGAUGGUGAUGGGAGCCCAAGACUUGAACAGACGCCUCCUCUUCAGUUUACACAUCUCCAGUACAAUGUCACCGUGCAUGAAAACUCUGCAGCUAAGACUUAUGUCGGGCAUCCGGUGAAAAUGGGUAUUUACAUGACAAAUCCAUUGUGGGAAUUAAGGUACAAAAUAAUCUCCGGAGACAACGAAAACCUGUUCAAAGCUGAAGAGUACAUUCUUGGAGACUUCUGCUUUCUAAGAAUAAGGACCAAAGGAGGAAAUACAGCUAUUCUUAAUAGAGAAGUGAAAGACCAUUACACACUGAUAGUCAAAGCAGUUGAAAAGAAUACUAAUGCUGAGGCUCGAACAAAGGUCAAGGUGCAGGUGCUGGAUACAAAUGACUUGAGACCAUUAUUCUCACCCACCUCAUAUAGCGUUUCUUUACCUGAAAACACAGCCAUAAGGACCAGUAUUGCAAGAGUCAGUGCCACAGAUGCAGACAUAGGGACCAAUGGAGAAUUUUACUACAGUUUUAAAGACCGAACAGAUAUGUUUGCUAUUCACCCAACCAGUGGUGCGAUUGUGUUGACUGGUAGACUGGAUUACGUAGAGACCAAGCUCUAUGAGAUUGAAAUCCUUGCUGUGGACCGUGGAAUGAAAUUGUAUGGGAGCAGUGGCAUCAGCAGUAUGGCCAAGCUCACGGUGCGUGUGGAACAGGCUAAUGAGUGUGCACCUGUGAUAACAGCAGUGACGUUGUCACCAUCAGAACUAGACCGGGACCCAACGUAUGCAAUUGUGACGGUAGAUGACUGUGACCAGGGUGCCAAUGGGGAAAUAGCGUCUUUAAGCAUUGUGGCAGGUGACCUUCUUCAGCAGUUCAGAACAGUCAGGUCCUUUCCCGGGAGUAAAGAAUAUAAAGUCAAAGCCAUUGGUGGCAUUGAUUGGGACAGUCAUCCUUUUGGCUGCAAUCUGACACUUCAGGCUAAAGAUAAAGGAUCUCCACCCCGGUUCUCUCCUGUAAAAGUAAUUCAUGUGACUUCUCCACAGUUCAAAGCUGGGCCAGUCAAGUUUGAAAAGGAUGUUUACAGAGCAGAAAUAAGUGAAUUUGCUCCUCCCAACACACCUGUGGUCAUGGUAAAAGCCAUUCCUAGUCAUUCCCACUUGAGGUAUGUCUUUAAAAGUACACCUGGAAAAGCUAAAUUCCACUUAAAUUACAACACAGGUCUCAUUUCCAUUUUAGAACCAAUUAAGAGACAGCAGGCAUCCUAUUUUGAACUUGAAGUAACGACAAGUGACAGAAAAGCCUCCACCAAGGUCUUGGUGAAAGUUUUAGGGGCAAACAGCAAUGCCCCUGAAUUUACCCAGACAACAUACAAAGCAUCUUUUGAUGAGAACGUGCCCAUUGGAACUACUGUCACAAGCGUGAGUGCGGUAGAUCCUGAUGAGGGGGAGAAUGGAUAUGUGACAUACAGUAUUACAAAUUUAAACCACGUGCCAUUUGUAAUUGACCACUUCACUGGGGCUGUGAGUACUUCAGAAAACCUGGACUAUGAACUGAUGCCUCGGGUUUAUACCCUGCGGGUUCGUGCAUCGGACUGGGGCUUGCCGUACCGCCGGGAAGUGGAAGUCCUUGCUACAAUUACACUUAACAACUUGAAUGACAACAUACCCUUGUUCGAGAAAAUAAAUUGUGAAGGAACAAUUCCCAGGGAUCUAGGUGUGGGAGAGCAAAUAACGACUGUCUCUGCUAUUGAUGCAGAUGAACUUCAGUUGGUACAAUAUCAGAUUGAAGCUGGCAAUGAACUAGGUUUGUUUAGUUUAAACCCCAACUCUGGGGUGUUAUCAUUAAAGCAGUCGCUCAUGGAUGGCUUAGGUGCAAAGGUGUCUUUCCAUAGUCUGAGAAUUACAGCUACAGAUGGGGAAAAUGUUGCCACGCCUUUAUAUAUCAACAUAACCGUGGCUGCCGGCCGCAAGCUGGUCAACUUGCAGUGUGAAGAGACUGGUGUUGCCAAAUUGCUGGCAGAGAGACUCCUGCAAGCAAACAAGUUACACAGUCAAGGAGAGAUCGAGGAUGUUUUCUUUGAUUCUCACUCUGUCAAUUCACAUGCACCACAGUUUAGAAGUACUCUUCCAUCCCGUAUUGAGGUAAAGGAAAACCAGCCUGUGGGAUCCAGUGUGAUUUUCAUGAAUGCUACUGACCUUGACAGCAGCUUCAAUGGAAAACUGGUGUAUGCUAUUUCUGGAGGAAAUGAGGAUGGUUGCUUCAUCAUUGACAUGGAAACAGGAAUGCUAAGAAUUUUAUCUCCACUUGACCGAGAGACAACAGACAAAUAUACUCUGAAUAUUACUGCAUAUGACCUUGGUCUACCCCAGAAGGCCGCUUGGCAUCUUCUAGAUGUAGUAGUUCUGGAUGCCAAUGACAAUCCACCUGAGUUUUUGCAGGAGAGCUAUUUUGUUGAAGUGAGUGAAGACAAGGAGUUGCAUAGUGAAAUCAUCCAGGUUGAAGCCACGGAUAAAGAUCUAGGGCCCAAUGGCCAGGUGACAUACUCUCUUCUGACAGACACAGAUCAGUUUUCAGUUGACAGUGUGACUGGUGUUGUUAAAAUUAUGCACCCUUUGGAUCGAGAAGUGCAGCAUGUGCACUACUUGAAGGUCGAAGCCAGGGAUCAAGCCAGAGAAGAGCCCCAGUUGUUUUCCACAGUACUUCUGAAAGUAUCACUAGACGAUGUUAAUGACAACCCACCGAAGUUUAUUCCCUCUAAUUACCAUGUGAAAGUUCGAGAGGAUCUUCCAGAAGGAACCAUCGUCAUGUGGCUAGAAGCAUAUGAUCCCGACGUAGGUCAAUCUAGUCAAGUGAGAUUCAGCCUUAUGGACCAUGGAGAAGGAAACUUUGAUGUGGACAAACUCAGUGGCGCAGUCAGAAUUGUACAGCAGUUGGACUUUGAGAAGAAGCAAGUGUAUAAUCUCACUGUGAGGGCCAAGGACAAAGGGAAGCCAGUUUCUCUGUCUUCCACUUGCUUUGUUGAAGUUGAGGUGGUUGACGUGAAUGAGAAUUUGCACCCACCAGUGUUUUCCAGCUUCGUGGAGAAGGGCGUUGUGAAGGAAGAUGUGCCUGUGGGUUCGUCAGUAAUGACAGUGUCGGCUCAGGAUGAGGACACAGGAAGAGAUGGGGAGAUCCGAUAUUCUAUCAGAGAUGGUUCUGGUGUUGGUGUUUUCAAGAUAGACGAAGAAACAGGUGUCAUAGAAACUUCUGAUCGACUGGACCGUGAAUCAACCCCCCAUUAUUGGCUGACAGUCUACGCAGUCGAUCAGGGUGUCGUGCCUCUGUCCUCAUUUAUAGAGAUCUACAUAGAGGUGGAGGAUGUCAAUGACAAUGCACCACAGACAUCAGAGCCUGUUUAUUAUCCAGAAAUAAUGGAAAAUUCUCCAAAGGAUGUAUCUGUGGUCCAAAUUGAGGCAUUUGAUCCAGAUUCUAGUUCUAAUGAUAAGCUGAUGUACAAAAUUACAAGUGGAAAUCCACAAGGAUUUUUUUCAAUACAUCCUAAAACAGGUCUCAUCACAACUACAUCAAGGAAACUAGACCGAGAACAGCAAGAUGAACACAUAUUAGAAGUUACUGUGACAGACAACGGUAGUCCCUCCAAAUCAACCAUUGCAAGAGUCAUUGUGAAAAUCCUCGAUGAAAAUGACAACAAACCUCAGUUCCUGCAAAAGUUCUACAAAAUCCGACUCCCAGAGAGGGAAAAACCUGACCGAGAAAGAUAUGCCAAGCGGGAGCCUCUCUAUCGUGUCAUAGCCACAGACAAAGACACAGGUCCCAAUGCAGAAAUCUCCUACAGCAUCGAAGAAGGGAAUGAGCAUGGCAGAUUCUUCAUUGAACCCAAAACUGGAGUGGUUUCGUCCAAGAAGUUGUCUGCAGCUGGAGAAUAUGAUAUUCUUUCAAUUAAGGCAGUUGAUAAUGGUCGCCCUCAAAAGUCAUCAACCACUAGACUCCAUGUUGAAUGGAUCUCUAAACCCAAACCAUCCCUGGAACCAAUUUCCUUUGAAGAAUCGUUUUUUACCUUUACUGUGAUGGAAAGCGACCCGGUUGCCCACAUGAUUGGAGUCAUAUCUGUUGAGCCUCUUGGCACACCUCUCUGGUUUGACAUCAUUGGUGGCAACUACGACAGUCACUUUGAUGUGGACAAGGGCACUGGAACCAUCAUCGUUGCCAAGCCUCUUGAUGCAGAACAAAAGUCCAACUAUAACCUCACAGUCGAGGCAACGGAUGGAACCACUACCAUCGUCACGCAGGCGUGCAUCAAAGUCAUAGACACGAACGACCAUCGUCCUCGGUUUUCUGCCUCCAAAUACGAUGCCAUCAUUCCAGAAGAUACGGUGCCAGAAACGGAGAUUUUGCAAGUCAGCGCCACGGAUAAGGAUGAGAAAAACAAACUAAUCUAUACGCUGCAGAGUAGCGCAGAUCCGCUGAGCCUCAAGAAGUUUCGUCUCGACCCUGCAACCGGCUCUCUCUAUACUUCUGAGAAGCUCGAUCACGAAGCCACGCGCCAGCACGUCCUUACAGUCAUGGUGCGGGAUCAAGAUGUCCCUGUGAAACGCGACUUUGCAAGGAUUAUGAUCAAUGUCGGCGACACGAAUGACCAUGCCCCGUGGUUCACCAGUUCCUCCUACGAAGGACGGGUUUAUGAGUCAGCAGCCAUUGGAUCAGUUGCGCUGCAGGUUACAGCUCUGGACAAAGACAAAGGGGAAAACGCUGAAGUGCUGUACUCGAUCGAAUCAGGAAAUAUUGGAAACUCUUUUACAAUUGAUCCCAUCUUGGGCUCUAUAAAAACUGCCAGAGAAUUAGAUCGAAGUAACCAAGUGGAAUAUGAUUUGAUGAUAAAGGCUACAGAUAAAGGCCACCCACCAAUGAGUGAAAUAACGUCUGUGCAUAUCUUUGUCACAGUUGCUGACAAUGCCUCUCCUAAGUUUACAUCAAAAGAAUAUUCUGUUGAAAUUAGUGAAGCUACCAACAUUGGGAGCUUUGUGGGAAUGGUGACAGCCCAUGGUCAAUCAUCAGUGGUAUAUGAAAUAAAAGAUGGAAAUAUAGGUGAUGCUUUUGAUAUUAACCCACAUUCUGGAAGCAUCAUCACUCAGAAAGCCCUGGAUUUUGAAACUUUGCCCAUUUACACAUUGACAAUACAAGGAACUAACAUGGCUGGUUUGUCCACUAACACAACUGUUCUGGUGCAGCUACAGGAUGAGAAUGACAACUUGCCAGUUUUCAUGCAGGUGGAAUACACAGGACUCAUUAGUGAAUCAGCUUCCAUGAACAGCGUGGUCCUGACAGACAGGAAUGUCCCACUCGUGAUUCGAGCAACUGAUGCUGAUACAGAAUCAAAUGCUUUGCUUGUUUAUCACAUUGUUGACCCAUCUGUACACAAGUAUUUUGCUAUUGAUUCUAGCACUGGUGCUAUUCAUACAGUACUAAGUCUGGAUUAUGAGGAAACAAGUGUUUUUCACUUUACUGUACAGGUGCAUGACAUGGGAACCCCACGAUUAUUUGCUGAAUAUGCAGCUAAUGUGACUAUCCAUGUAAUUGAUAUUAAUGACUGCCCUCCUGUGUUCUCCAAGUCAUUCUUUGAAGCAUCUCUUUUGUUGCCAACAUACAGAGGAGUAAAAGUGCUCACGGUGAAUGCUACAGAUGCUGACUCAAGCAUGUUUUCACAGUUAAUAUACUCCAUCACUGAAGGCAACAUCGGGGAGAAGUUUUUUAUGGACUACAAGACUGGUACUAUAACUGUGCAAAACACAACUCAGUUAAGGAGCCGCUACGAGUUAACCAUUAGAGCUUCUGAUGGCAGAUUUGCCAGCUUUACCUCUGUGAAAAUUAAUGUGAGAGAAGGUAAAGAAAGUCAACUAAAGUUUACCCAAGAUUUCUACUCUGCAGUAGUGAGAGAGAAUUCCACCGAAGCCAAAACAUUAGCUGUCAUUACUGCUGUUGGGAAUCCAAUCAGUGAGCCUUUGUUUUUUCAGAUCCUCAACCCAGACCGCAGAUUUAAAAUCAGCCGCACUUCAGGAGUCCUUUCAACCACUGGGGUACCCUUUGAUCGCGAACAGCAGGAAGCAUUCGAUGUGGUUGUAGAAGUGACAGUCGAAGAUAAGCCUUCAGCAGUGGCCCAUGUUGUCGUGAAGGUCACCGUCGAAGACCAGAAUGAUAACGCCCCAGUGUUUGUCAACCUUCCCUACUAUGCUGUUGUUAAAGUGGACACAGAGGUGGGCCAUGUCAUUCGCUAUGUCACAGCCGUAGACAGGGACAGUGGCAGAAACGGGGAGGUGCAUUACUACCUUAAGGAACAUCAUGAACAUUUUCAAAUUGGACCCUCCGGUGAAAUUUUACUGAAAAAGCAGUUUGAACUCGACACCUUAAAUAAAGAAUACCUUGUUACAGUGGUUGCCAAAGACGGAGGAAACCCAGGCUUUUCAGCUGAAGUCAUCGUUCCCAUCACAGUUAUGAAUAAAGCCAUGCCUGUGUUCGAAAAGCCUUUCUACAGUGCCGAGAUUCCCGAGAACAUCCAGAUACACAGUCCCGUUGUCCACGUGCAGGCCAACAGUCCCGAAGGGUUGAAGGUGUUCUACAGCAUCCCGGAUGGAGAUCCUUUUGGUCAGUUCACCAUUAACUUCAACACUGGGGUGAUAAAUGUCGUGGCACCUCUGGACUUUGAGUCUCACCCAGCAUAUAAACUGAGCAUACGAGCCACCGAUUCUUUGACAGGUGCCCAUGCUGAGGUGUUCGUGGACAUAAUCGUGGAAGACAUCAACGACAACCCCCCUGUGUUUGUUCAGCAGUCUUACGCAGCAACCCUGUCUGAGGCAUCCGUAAUUGGAACAUCUGUUGUUCAAGUGAGAGCAACAGAUUGCGAUUCAGAACCAAAUAGAGGCAUUUCAUAUCAGAUGUUUGGGAAUCACAGCAAGAGUCAUGACCAUUUCUACAUAGAUGGCAGCACUGGUCUCAUUUCUUUAGUCAGAACCUUGGAUUAUGAGCAGUCCCAGCAGCACAAGAUUUUCGUGAGGGCCGUUGAUGGUGGCAUGCCCCCACUGAGCAGUGACGUGACUGUCACAGUGGUUGUCACUGACCUCAAUGAUAAUCCACCACUCUUUGACCAGCAGAUUUAUGAAGCCAGAAUUAGUGAGCAUGCCACUCCUGGGCACUUUGUGACUUGUGUCAAAGCUUAUGAUACAGACAGUUCAGACAUAGGCAAGUUGGAAUAUUCCAUUCUGUCUGGCAAUGAUCAUAAAAAUUUUGUCAUUGACAGUGAAACAGGCAUCAUCACACUCUCAAACCUGCGCCGGCACACUUUAAAGCCGUUUUAUAGCCUUAACGUUUCUGUUUCUGAUGGAGUUUUUAGAAGUUCAGCUCAGGUUCAUGUAACUGUAAUUGGAGGCAAUUUAUAUAGCCCUGCUUUUCUUCAGAAUGAAUAUGAAGUAGAGCUAGCUGAAAACGCUCCCAUACACACCCUGGUAAUCCAGGUUAAAGCAAUGGAUGGGGAUUCUGGUAUUUAUGGUCACAUUACUUACCAUAUUGUAAAUGACUUUGCCAAAGACAGAUUUUACACAAAUGAAAAAGGACAGAUAUUUACUUUGGAAAAACUUGAUCGAGAAACCCCAGUGGAGAAAGUGAUCUCUGUGCGUUUAAUGGCUAAGGAUGCUGGGGGAAAAGUUGCUUUCUGCACCGUUAAUGUCAUCCUUACAGAUGACAAUGAUAACGCACCUCAAUUUCGGGCAACCAGAUAUGAAGUGAACAUCGGAUCCAGUGCUGUCAAAGGCACUUCGGUCGUGAAAGUACUGGCAAGUGACGCUGAUGAGGGAUCCAAUGCUGAUGUCGCCUAUGCCAUCGAAGCAGAUUCUGAAAGUGUUCAAGAGAAUUUGGAAAUUAACAAACUAUCUGGCGUAAUUACUACAAGGGAAAGCCUAGUUGGCUUAGAAAAUGAGUUCUUCACCUUCUUUGUCAGAGCCGUGGAUAAUGGGUCUCCACCACGAGAAUCCGUUGUUCCUGUCUAUGUUAAAAUACUUCCACCAGAAAUGCAGCUUCCCAAAUUUUCAGAACCUUUCUAUACCUAUACAGUUUCAGAAGACAUGCCUAUUGGAACAGAAAUAGAUCUCAUCCGGGCAGAACACAGCGGGACUGUUCUUUACAGCCUAAUCAAAGGGAAUACUCCAGAAAGUAAUAGGGAUGAAGCCUUUGUGAUUGAUAGACAGAGUGGGAGACUGAAACUGGAGAAGAGCCUUGAUCAUGAGACAACUAAGUGGUACCAGUUUUCCAUACUGGCCAGGUGCACCCAAGAUGACUAUGAGAUGGUGGCUUCUGUAGAUGUUAGCAUCCAAGUGAAAGAUGCAAAUGAUAACAGCCCGGUCUUGGAAUCCAGUCCAUAUGAGGCAUUUGUUGUUGAAAACCUGCCAGGGGGAGCUAGAGUCAUUCAGAUCAGGGCAUCUGAUCCAGACUCAGGAACCAACGGCCAAGUUAUGUACAGCCUGGAUCCGUCACAAAGUGUGGAAGUCACUGAAUCUUUUGCCAUAAACAUGGAAACAGGCUGGAUUACAACCCUAAAGGAACUUGACCAUGAAAAGAGAGACAAUUACCAGAUUAAGGUGGUUGCAUCUGAUCAUGGUGAAAAGGUUCAGCUCUCCUCCACAGCUGUGGUGGAUGUUACUGUCACUGAUGUCAACGAUAGUCCACCACGAUUCACGGCCGAGAUCUAUAAAGGGACAGUGAGUGAAGAUGACCCUCCAGGGGGUGUAAUCGCCAUCUUGAGUACCACGGACGCUGAUUCUGAGGAGAUUAACAAACAGGUUGCAUAUUUCAUAACAGGAGGGGAUGCUUUGGGACAGUUUGCUGUUGAAAAUGUACAGAAUGAAUGGAAGGUCUAUGUGAAGAAACCUCUGGACAGGGAGAAGAGGGACAAUUAUCUUCUGACGAUCACAGCAACUGAUGGAACCUUCUCAUCAAAAGCUAUAGUUGAAGUCAAAGUUCUUGAUGCAAAUGACAAUAGUCCAGUGUGUGAAAAGAUUUUGUAUUCAGAUACCAUUCCUGAAGACGCCCUUCCUGGGAAAUUGAUCAUGCAGAUCUCUGCUACAGAUGCAGACAUCCGUUCCAAUGCUGAAAUUACUUACACAUUAUUUGGUUCAGGUGCAGAAAAAUUCAAACUAAAUCCAGACACAGGUGAACUGAAAACAUUAGCCCCCCUCGAUCGUGAGGAACAGGCAGUUUAUAAUCUUCUCGUCAGGGCCACAGAUGGAGGCGGAAGAUUCUGCCAAGCCAAUAUUGUGCUCACUUUGGAAGAUGUGAAUGAUAAUGCCCCUGAAUUCUCUGCUGAUCCUUACACCAUUACCGUAUUUGAAAACACAGAGCCUGGAACACUGUUGACAAGAGUGCAGGCCACAGAUGCAGAUGCAGGAUUGAAUCGAAAGAUUUCCUACUCACUGACUAACUCUGCUGAUGGGCAGUUCUCCAUUAAUGAAUUAUCUGGAAUUAUUCAGUUAGAAAAGCCUUUAGAUCGAGAACUCCAGGCAGUAUAUACCCUCACUUUGAGAGCUGCAGAUCAAGGCUUGCCAAGGAGGCUGACAGCCACCAGCACCGUUGUUGUAUCAGUUCUGGAUAUAAAUGACAACCCUCCCGUGUUUGAAUACCGUGAAUAUGGCGCCACGGUGUCUGAGGACAUUCUUACUGGAACAGAAGUUCUUCAGGUGUAUGCGGCAAGUCGGGAUAUUGAAGCAAAUGCAGAAAUCACCUACUCAAUAAUUAGUGGAAAUGAACAUGGAAAAUUCAGCAUAGAUUCUAAAACAGGGGUCGUGUUUGUCAUUGAGCAUCUGGAUUAUGAAAGCGCUCAUGAGUAUUACCUCACCGUGGAGGCUGCUGACGGAGGCACACCCUCACUGAGCGACGUGGCAACGGUGAACGUUAAUGUCACAGAUGUCAAUGACAAUAGCCCAGUGUUCAGCCAAGACACCUAUACGACUGUGAUCAGUGAAGAUGCUGUUCUUGAGCAGUCAGUCAUUACAGUUAUGGCUGAUGACGCUGAUGGACCUUCAAACAGCCACAUCCACUAUGCAAUUAUAGAUGGCAACCAAGGAAGUCCAUUUACCAUCGACCCUGUGAAGGGAGAAGUCAAAGUGACCAAACUUCUAGACCGAGAAACAAUUUCAGGCUACACGCUCACCGUUCAGGCUUCUGAUAGCGGCAGCCCCCCCAGAGUCAACACCACGAAGGUGAACAUUGACGUGUCCGAUGUCAACGACCACGCGCCCGUCUUCUCUCAGGGAAACUACAGCGUGAUUAUCCAGGAAAACAAGCCAGUAGGUUUCAGUGUGCUGCAGCUGGUCAUCACAGACGAGGACUCUUCCCACAAUGGGCCACCCUUCUUCUUUUCUAUUGUGAGUGGAAAUGACGAUGGCGCAUUUGACAUUAGCCAGCAAGGAGUCCUGCUGACUUCGGCCGCCAUCCAGAAGAAAGCGAAAGACCGUUACAUUCUGCAUGUUAAGGUGGCAGAUAACGGGAAGCCUCCGCUGUCGUCUGGGACACACAUCGACAUUAGAGUGGUUGAGGAGAGCAUCUAUCCACCUGCAAUUUUGCCCCUAGAAAUCUUCAUUACUGCUUUUGGAGAGGAGUACUCGGGUGGCGUCAUUGGGAAGAUUCAUGCCACAGACCAAGAUGUGUAUGACACACUCACCUACAGUCUGGAUCCCCAGAUGGACAACCUGUUCUCUGUUUCCAGCACGGGGGGCAAGAUAAUAGCACACAAAAAGCUAGACAUAGGGCAGUAUCUUCUCAACGUCAGCGUGACCGAUGGGAGGUUCACCACAGUGGCUGACAUCACGGUGCACAUCAGACAGGUCACACAGGAGAUGCUGAACCACACCAUUGCUGUCCGCUUUGCCAACCUCACCCCAGAGGAAUUUGUGGGUGACUACUGGCGCAACUUUCAGCGAGCCUUACGGAAUAUCCUGGGCGUGAGGAGGAGUGACAUACAUGUAGUCAGUCUGCAGCCCUCUGAGCCUCAUCCACAUCUGGAGGUCUUACUUUUUGUAGAGAAGUCAGGUAGUACCCAGGUUUCAACGAAACAGCUUCUGCAUAAGAUCAAUUCUUCUGUGGCUGAUAUUGAGGAAAUCAUCGGUGUUAGAAUAUUGGAUGUGUUCCAGAAGCUCUGUGCAGGACUGGAUUGCCCGCGGAAAUUCUGUGAUGAAAAGGUGUCUGUGGAUGAAAAUGUUAUGUCAACACACAGCACAGCCAGGCUGAGUUUUGUGACUCCCCGCCACCGUCGAACAGCAGUGUGUCUCUGCAAAGAGGGGAAAUGCCCACCUGUCUACCAUGGAUGUGAAGACAGCCCGUGCCCCGAGGGAUCUGAAUGUGUCUCUGAUCCCAGAGAGGAGAAGCACACCUGUGUCUGUCCCGGAGGCAGGUUUGGUCAGUGCCCAGGGAGUUCAUCUAUAACAUUUACCGGAAACAGCUUUGUGAAGUACCGCCUAAUGGAAAAUGAAAAUAAAUUGGAGAUGAAACUGACAAUGAGAAUCAGAACCUAUUCUACCCAUGCAGUUGUAAUGUACGCUCGAGGAACUGACUAUAGUAUUUUGGAGAUUCAUAAUGGAAGGCUCCAGUACAAGUUUGACUGUGGAAGUGGCCCUGGAAUUGUCUCUGUUCAGAGCAUUCAAGUCAAUGAUGGGCAGUGGCAUGCUGUGUCUCUUGAAGUGAAUGGAAACUAUGCUCGAUUGGUUCUAGACCAGGUCCACACUGCGUCAGGCACAGCCCCAGGGACCCUGAAAACCCUGAACCUGGAUAACUAUGUGUUUUUUGGUGGCCACAUCCGUCAGCCAGGAACAAGGCAUGGAAGAAGUGCCCAAGUUGGUAAUGGUUUCAGGGGUUGUAUGGAAUCCAUCUAUCUGAAUGGGCAGGAGCUCCCCUUAAAUAGCAAGCCAAGAAGCUAUGCACACAUUGAAGAGUCGAUGGAUGUGUCUCCUGGGUGCCUGCUGACGGCUACAGAAGACUGCUCCAGCAACCCUUGCCAGAACGGAGGUGUCUGCCAUCCGUCGCCUGCUGGAGGUUAUUACUGCAAAUGCAGUGCCUUAUAUAUAGGGACAUACUGUGAGGUGAGUGUCAACCCGUGUUCCUCCAACCCAUGCCUCUACGGUGGCACAUGCAUCGUGGACAAUGGAGACUUCGUUUGCCAGUGCAGAGGAUUAUAUACUGGUCAGAGGUGCCAGCUUAGUCCAUACUGCAAAGAUGAGCCCUGUAAAAACGGUGGGACGUGCUUUGACAGUUUGGAUGGUGCCGUGUGUCAGUGUGAUUCGGGCUUCAGGGGAGAAAGGUGUCAGAGUGACAUUGACGAAUGUGCUGGAAACCCCUGCCGGAACGGGGCCCUCUGUGAGAACACACAUGGCUCCUACCACUGCAACUGCAGCCACGAGUACAAGGGAAGACACUGUGAGGACGCCGCCCCCAAUCAAUACGUGUCCACCCCGUGGAAUAUCGGUUUGGCAGAAGGAAUAGGGAUUAUUGUGUUCAUAGCAGGGACCUUUCUACUGGUGGUUGUGUUUGUUCUCUGCCGCAAGAUGAUCAGUCGAAAGAAGAAACACCAGGCCGAACCUGAAGACAAACACUUGGGACCACCCACGGCUUUCUUGCAAAGACCAUAUUUUGAUUCAAAGCUAAAUAAGAACAUUUACUCAGACAUACCACCCCAGGUGCCUGUCCGUCCCAUUUCUUACACUCCCAGCAUUCCGAGUGACUCUCGAAACAACCUUGACCGAAAUUCCUUUGAAGGGUCUGCUAUCCCAGAGCACCCUGAAUUCAGUACUUUCAACCCCGAGUCUGGGCACGGACACCGAAAAGCUGUGGCUGUCUGCAGCGUGGCCCCCAACCUGCCGCCCCCACCUCCCUCCAACUCCCCUUCAGACAGUGACUCCAUCCAGAAGCCCAGCUGGGACUUUGACUACGACACUAAGGUGGUGGAUCUGGAUCCCUGCCUUUCCAAGCAGCCUCUGGAGGAGAAGCCCUCUCAGUCCCACAGUGCCCGGGAGAGCCUGUCUGAAGUGCAGUCCCUGAGCUCCUUUCAGUCGGAGUCGUGUGAUGACAACGCUUCCAUUGUGACCGUAAUACACCUUGUCAAUGCUGUAGUUGACACGGUGAAUAAAGAAGAAUCUUUGGCUGCUGCUGACCUCAGCAAAUCAAGAGGUGACUUAUGCAUGCCAGUUGUUCAUUGAUACUCACUGAAAGAAGUUGGUGCAGAUCUGAUCCAGUGCUGGCUUGCUUCACGUGGAUGCACGGUGUCUGCAG